CGUUGACAAUUCCAGCUUUGUGGUCAAUAUGGCGAAUUUUGGAACAUUAACGGAACUUUGUAGAGCACGCAAAGAAGAGAGCCCACAAAUUUUAUUGCAUUAAGAAGUAGACUGGUCUUAGUAAUUGUAUUUUAUCAUUGACUUGAGUCUGGACCAGGUGCCACUUUUGCACAAUUACUCUUCACUUCUACAAUCAUGGACAAAAGUCUUGGGACACUUUUGCGUUUCUGGGGCGUUUUCCAAGUCACUCAGGUCCAACCCCUCCCCUCACCCCACAAACAAUGUUGGACGGGUGUAUCCAGAAUUUUUUCCGAGUUUCAAUUUCAACUUUGUAUAGGGUGGGGCGAGGGGGAAGUGCAAGAAAAUUUCGAAAAUGCACUGUUUUAAGAGGGAACGGAGAAAUGACAGAGAAAUAUGCAUAUUGCAGUAGAUUCCCAAGGACUUUCGUCCAGGAUUGUCUGAAUCCCGGUUUUGGGGAAAAAAAGUAUGUUUUCUUCAUUUUUCCUACGCUUUUUAGGUAUUUUGGAGACAUGUAGGUGAUGAAAUGCAAUAAUAAUGACCUUUGAUACUAUUUUCUCAACAUGCAAGUUUGUACAAGGCAAUUCCCUGAUUAGCCAUAUCGGGCCCACUCCCCUCAACUGGAGCCGAGUACAGCCGAAAAGUUGGUCGGCACGAUGUUUUGAGCAUCGCGCACAGUACUCGGUAGCAAAAACACAGUGUAUUAUCAAUAUUCGCUACAGAUUCAUUAAGGAAACACGGCUAAGGUAUAUUUCAACCAAAAAGUAAUUGCAUUUGAAAUAAUGUGUCAAAAAGGCCAUCCUGUAAAGUGAAUACAACAGUACUCACUUCAUUCAGUAAGGAAAAUUUUUCUUGCUCUUCAUUCUCUCCAUUUCAAAGUGAGUACUGUGACUAAAGAGCUAAAAAUUGCGUUUUUGCUGUAAAUGAAACCAUUCCUCACUGUCGUGUUCGCGUCGCAUGCGGACUCGAAAAUUUGUGGUCAUACUAAGAUGUUCCGAUGACAAAUGAUCAUCAUUGUUCGAAGCUGGUCAAUACCGAUCUUUUUAGAAAAGGAGUCGGGAGUAUGCCGUUUAGAAUGCUUCAUAGUAUUCGAAUGUAUUCUAUUUGAAUUCGGAAAAACAGUCCGGAUUCUAAGUAGAAUAUUCUGGGUGUACGUCGCGCGUGCUUGAAUAACUCAGGAUAUUAUUGUACACUCCACGUGUGCCUAUCCGUAUUCGGGCAAAUUCGGUCGCGAAUAUGUGCCUUUUUGCGCAGUGUUUACAGAUAAAUGUUCUCUUACCACCCUAACAUCUUAAGAUUCUAUAGAAAAAGCACACAUUAUUAAGGUUUUAGAAUGAGUACUGUUGGUGCGUACUGUUUAGCUAUAUAUGCAAAUCAGUUUAAAGUAAACUCGCUUGUUUACUUAGUUCGUGACAAAUAUCACGCAACAUAAUUUUUGUUGGCAAAUAAACACAUAGAAAUAUUAGCAACACUUUCAAACAAAGGAUGAUCUGGUACAAUUCUCUAGAAGUCAGCGAAAAAAUGUUUUGCCACGAACAAGGUGUAAUAUGAAACAACCCCUUUUUUCUUACAUCACAAUUGCAUUUAUAGCUCCUGCUGGCGUAUUUUUUUGUUGUACAAAUAACAGCGAGGGCUAUUCACAUGGCUUAAUAUUUUUUCACGGCCGUUGUAGCUCUCUUUUGGAAAACGUUAUUUUCUCUACGAAGCCUACUGGACUUUUUGACAUUCGUACUCAUAUUGCUGAGUACUGGCGACUGUAAUGUUGACAUGUCUGAGCAAGUUAUUAUCCACGACUCUAGCCCUUUGGCCUGCCGAAAUUCUUACUGUGUACACCAUAAUGUUAGUAACUCGUUGCUUCCCUUAACCAUUUUCGGACGUGAGUCUUGUUUAAAGUUAUGUUAUCCUUUGGAAUAAAGCACGCGCAAUGAGAUUCCACAAUUUCUGUUGUAUAUCAUUCGUUUUAGCGAAUUCUUAAAACACGUACAGAAAACUCCGAAAAGCUGGGAAAAGGUUUGUUCAAUUACGAUCUUUCAUCAGAAUCCAGAAAAGCACUCUUACAGGCCUGAAAAACCUUGCAAACUGCCUUUUUUUCUUCCCCCCUCUUUUCCAGACAUGUCUGAAUCCCGGUUUUGGGGAAAAAAGUAGGUUUUCUUUAUUUUUCCUACGCUUUUUAGGUAUUUUGGAGACAUGUAGGUGAUGACACGCAAUAGUAAUGACCUUUGAUACUAUUUUCUCAACACAGCAAGUUUGUACAGGGCAAUUCCCUGUUUAUCCAAAUCGGGCCCACUCCCCCAAACUGGAGCCGUGUACAGCCGAAAAGUUGGUCAGGCACGAUGUUUUGAGCAUCGCGCACAGUACUCGGUAGCAAAAACAGAGUGUGUUAUCAAUAUUCGCUGCAGAUUCAUUAAGGAAACACGGCUAAGGUAUAUUUCAACCAAAAAGUAAUUGCAUUUGAAAUAAUAUGUGUCAAAAAGGUCAUCCUGUAAAGUGAAUACAUUAGUACUCACUUCAUUCAGUAAGGAAAAAUUAUCGUGCUCUUCCUUCUCUCCAUGUCAAAGCCCCCGGGGUUCAAAGUGAGUACUGUGACUAAAGAGCUAAAAAUUGCGUUUUCGCUGUAAAUAAAAGCAUCAAAGGAUGUAUUUACAGAUACAUUUUCUCUUACCAUCCCUAAGAUGCUAAGAUUAUAUAGAAAAAGCACACAUUAUUAAGGUUUUAGAGUGAGUACUGUUGGUGCGUACUGUUUAGUUAUAUAUGCAAAUCAGUUUAAAGUAAACUCGCUUGUUUACUUAGUUCGUGACAAAUAUCACCCAACGUAAUUUUUGUCAGCAAACAAACACAUAGAAAUAUUAGCAACACUUUCAAACAAAGGAUGAUCCGGUACAAUUCUCUAGAAGUCAGCGAAAAAAUGUUUUGCCACGAACAAGGCGUAUUAUGAAACAACCGCUUUUUUCUUACAUCACAAUUGCAUUUAUAGCUCCUGCUGGCGUAUUUUUUUGGUGUACAAAUAACAGCGAGGGCUAUUCACAUGGCUUAAUAUUUUUUCACGGCCGUUCUAUCUUUUGGAAAACGUUAUUUUCUCUACGAAGCCAACUGGACUUUUUGACAUUCGUACUCAUAUUGAGUACUGGCGACUGCAAUGUUGACAUCUCUGAGCAAGUUAUUACCAGGUUUAUACUAAAGCAUGAGAAAUUACUGCAAUUUGAUUGGCUUAGAGCAGUGUUAUUUCAGCUUAAUUUGAAAUACCUACAUCUGAAAAUUACAAGCCUUUUGUGUGUAGUAGUAUAAACAAAUAAUAGCAUGAUUUGUACGUGAUAUUUGGCAUAAACACCACUUGUGAUAUUUCAAAAUUGUCUCAAAUUUCACUCGCCUACCGGCUCGUGAAAUUACGUAUAACAAUUUCGAAAUAUCACUCGUGGUAUUUAUGCCAAAUAUCACCACAAAUUUAUGCUAUUACCUAUACAAAUGACUUCGUGCUUUGUCAUAUAUCCACCACUCUAGCUCUUUGGCCUGCCGAAAUUCUUACUGUGUACACCAUAAUGUUAGUAACUCGUUGCUUCGCUUAACCGUUUUCGGACGUGAGUCUUGUUUAAAGUUAUGUUAUCCUUUGGAAUAAAGCACGCGCUAUGAGAUUCCACAAUUUCUGGUGUAUAUCAUUCGUUUUUAGCGAAUCCUUAAAACAUGUUCAGAAAACUCUAAACUGGGAAAAGGUUUGUUCAAUUACGAUCUUUCAUCAGAAUCCCGAAAAACACUCCUACAGGCUUGAAAAACCCUCAAAACUGUCUUUUUUCUUCCCGCCUCUUUUUCAGACAUGGAAUUAUGCAAAUUACCUUUCCUGCCGAGCAAAUUAAAGGUCAUUUUAAAAAAUUCAUAUCUCAGCCAACUUUCCACAGAAUGCAACCGUUAAAACAUUAAACUAUUAAUCAGAGUAGAAACUUUUGUGUGUAAAAUAAUUAGCUUAUUCGGCUUUGUAAGGUAGGUUUGACAGAGCCGUAAAGUUUCAGCAAAAUCGCAACUCUUCCGACGGCAAACUAGCCAGUUUUCAGUCACCUACAAAAUCUUCCUGUAAUACAGAGAAAAAAUUGAAUGAAAUUGAUAUUUCUUAAUGGGAAAGGAUAGUUAUAUUCCACUGAAAAAAUCUGGGCAAUCCGUGAAACACCGAAAUUUGCCUUAUCGGUUCUUACGCGGACAGCUUCUUAAAUGUGAUCAAACGUGAUUGCUAUUUUUUGGAUGUACAUAUAAGGCCGUUAACUUGAUGUAAGAUUUGUUCCAUUCCUCAAUAAUUAUUCUCUAACAUCGCUUAGCUUUUCCCUCACAAGUCGUAUUACACGUUCGCUAAAGUUAAUUGAUUUGUGGGUUACAAGUUUUUGUUUGAUUUAAUCUAUAGAUUUAGCCAGGGCUAAAAGCGAGGCUCCCAUUAAUAAAUUUAUAAUUUAAAUUAACCCUAUUCAGACUGGGGGGGGCUUUUCGAACCCCCCCUCCGGCAAAUUCGUGAUAACUCCUACACCGAGAGAGCUAUGACGUUCAAAUUUUCUGACUUUUCCUAAAAUUUAUCUAGGAACAUUUUGGUAUAAUUACUAUGUCCAUGUGAUUAAUCAUGUUGCCAUGGCAACCAGUUUCUGACACAUAGGUUUUGGAACAUUUAAAAAAUGGUGAUUUUUUUUGUUUUAAGAUCGUGUUUUUAGACUUAUAGUGCUUUUUGUUGUUAAAAUGGUCUUUGCUUGGGACUAGUUUUUGAAUUACAUCGAAAUGUUUCAACAUCGAAUAUUUGGGGGGGAGGGUGGGGUAAAAUUUGUCACUUUUUUGCUUUGACAAAUAUGCUGCUCUAUUUUCCAAAUAACACUUUUAAAGUCAUUUGUUUGGGUAAUAAACAUUAGUUUGAUACUUCUUUUAUACAUUCUGAGCUUUUUCCCCUUUGAAAGUUGCUUUAAAGUGCUACUACGAUCAAAUUUGGGAAUUUGUUUUUGAUUACAUAUUUCGAAAAUGUAUGUAAAAGUGACUUACCUUGCCAAGUUUGGAGUCCAAAUAUGAUCUGGAAGUGUGUUUAUUUGCACGGCAAUUUUCGUAAAUGUCUUGCCGCCAUUACUCGAUUCAAAAAAUGACCGGGAGUAGUAUUUGAAGGAGUUGGGGCGAGAUGUGACGUAGAAAAAUCAACGCGACAAAGCAAGGUAAACAAACAUGGCUAAUUUCGCAUGCAGUACGAGAUAUUUUGGAAGCUUUUGGAAGUUCUUUCUUCGCUUUUUUGACUUAAAGCGAAAGUAUGCCUGGUAGACGUUGUGUUGUUCAGGACUGUGGAAACGUAAAGAACGAUGAAUUCUCCUGAUUCGGGCAGCGUUAGAUUAAAGUGGAAAAGGUUCGUGUCCAUUCAUCGGAAGGAUUUCAACACAGUGGGAAAAUUUGCUGUGUGCUCGGAGCAUUUUACAAGGGAUUGUUAUACGCUUGCUUUUCCGAUGAAAGGCAUGAAAAGGAAUUGGAAGAAGGGGACGUUUCCAACCAUUUGGAAAAAAUCCUCUCAAACACUAUCAAAGCGGAGUCGACGAUCGGUGAGUGAAAUUACAAUGUAUUUGCGCUGUGCUUAUCACUAUUAUAUUUAUUUCCCCAUUUACCUGUGACAUGAUUUUUUCUGGCAUCGUUGUUCAAUAUGAAUGCUCUGACUAUUUGGACUUCCCAUAUUGUUGCAUGUGUUUUCAUACUUUUCUGCUUUCUUCUCAUAGUUAUAGUAAAACGGGAAUUUGCGCUGAGUGGACGUGAAGUCAAUUCCCCAAUUCCCAGACCUUUCCACUCAAGCGUAAAAUUUAGAAAAAGUGAAGCUACAUAGAAAUCCGGCUCUCUAUUUUUUGAGAGAUUAUCUUGCUGUUACUUUGAGAUUUGACAGUACUCCAAACUUCCCUCCAAGAAAUCUUACAGCAAAUUAGGAGUUACACGCGAGUCUUUUAAAACGACCAAAAAUGGACUUAGUCUGAUUUCUACAUUCUAUAAGUUUCAGUUACUGUUUUUUUUUCGUUUGUAUUUUAAUUCUAUUUUCACUGUCUGCAAAUGAUGCAUACAUUUUAAGUCAAAGAUGCAGUUAAACCUUGCUUCCAUUUCUACUUUUGAAAACAUCGACAUAAAGCUCAAAUUUAAACUUGUUUUGAAGGGGAGAUAUAAAAAAUGGUCCUACCUAUUUUCAUUUUUAGCUACUAAAUGAAAUUCUGGCUGGUCAAACUACUAAUGAGGAUACAGAGGAAGAAGACAAUCCUGAAGAAGAGGUGAUGUCUUUGAAAGGAAGUUCUGCACCUAAGGAGAGUGCUGACACUAUGGGGGCUCCCAAUCUCAACCCUGAGGAGUCUCCAGAAGUCGAAGGUGUUCUGAACACAAGUCAGGGUUCUUUGCUUGAGGUAAAUCCUGAAAAGGAGGACUGCAUCCCUGAGACUGAGACGGGUGAGAUAAGUCUUGAUGCUGAGAUGGCUUCAGAGGUCCUAGGUACUCCUGGUGAUAAGACAACUCUCGAGAGCCAAGGGAUUUCCGGCACUGAUGAUGUUACUGAGACCAUGCAGAUCCUGGAGGCUCAGGGAAUCGAAAAAGUGCAGGAUAUGGAUAAGUUAUGCAGAUUGAUCAAUCAUUAGCGAUUCCUGAACUUGAACAGGUUUCUAUGGUAGGCGCAUAACUCUAAUUAAUGUUUAUUUGCAUCUUUGUAUUAUCAUAACAAUGGAAAACUACAUGUGCAGUUAUUUUACAACAAUACUAAAACACAAAAAUUCUGAAGUCUUGUUAUUACAGCCUGUAUUAAUGUUGAAAGUUUGUUUUCUGUGGGAUACUCCAACUGGACAUGCUGGGAACUGCACAACAUGCAAAACCCUGAGGAGUGAGGUGACUCAGUUAAGGGGCAAAGUCACAAGACUGAAGAGUAAGUUAAUCUCCAAUCAAGAUCAGUGGGUUGAAACCUUUAAGAGCAUACAAGUGCCGGAGCAGUUGCUGAUGGUGAAUGCUGGUGAGUCAACAAUAAUUGAUGUUGAUGAGUCAUAUAGGCAUAACUGCCUAUCUUUAUAUUUUUAUUACAUUUUAUCAAUAUUUGAUUAUUUCAUAAUAAUUAAAAUUUUAAUGGUGAUAGAAUUUUUUUAAUUCCAUUUGUUUAAGCUAUUCAAACUGAUCCAUGGCCAGUAACAAAUGAGACAGAGUUAGGGCUAGAGGAUGAAUCAGAAGAUGAGCAGGAAAUGCAGGACGACGCGUAUGAGGAGUUUGAGUGUGAUGAAGACCCUACAUGGAGUCCUGAAGGAAUCGAAGAUGCAUAUAAAAAACUAAAGGAAGAUGAUGACUCGGUGAAGACUCAUCAGAACCCAAGGUACAAAGACGCAAAAUUUAUUGCAUUUUAACAUCUUAGCUCUAAGUAUCCUCUGGGAAGUGAUUUAGGCCUAAAACUAACUUCCAUUAUGAGAGGAUCUAUUUAGAAACAAGAGUACAUGAAAUUUGUUUUUUAAUUUACUCAGAUAAGAAUUGCAAAAAAAAAAAAAAAGAAGAGGCAUAGCCAGCCCAUAGACUGGAAGUCCCAGGCCUAAAAAUGUCUGGUUUAUCCACUCAACCACUUGUAAUAAAUUAUGCAUCGUUGGGGUGGGCUAGAUAGCUUAAGGGUUCAAAGUUGUCAUGUGUGCAAUCAACAGAAUUAUUAUAAAAAAGCAUUUUUCAGGAUGUAUGUGAGAGUAAAAUCCCAACCCACGAUUAGCCAGGUUUACAACAAGUUUAAAAACUGGCAACACCCUGAGAAAAACAAUAAAAAUGAUAAUCAUUUUUUUUAUUGUUAUUUUAUUAUUUCAGAUGCUAUGAUUAAAUGAGUAUUUCCUUUCAAUCAUUUUUUACAGGUUGGAUCUACAAGGAAAAAACAUUCGAGAGGAACCGAAGGGAAUUGUUUUCCUUUCCAAACUUCUUCUUUUGUUUCAGUUCUGCCACUUGUGCUUCUUUUCAAAACCCAAACUUUCUGUAUCACAGACAGGUACCUUGUUUACCGUAGAAAGUUUCUGCAGAAACUGUAGCCAGACAAAAGUCUGGAAGAGUCAACCAGACCUGCUAGGAAAGUUUCCAGCAGGUAACCUGCUAUUAAGUUUUGCAGUGCUCUGUGAGCCGAGUGAAAAGAAAGAAACGAUACAUUAAAACUGUAAUUAAAUUCAGGCUGAAUUCGAUUUAAUUUUUAUUACUUGUGUACAUGAAAAUUGGAGCAACAUCAGAAUUCCCAGCCACUAAACUUGAGUUUAACUGAACGCUAGAAGAGCAGGGCUUCACACAGUGGGCAAGUUUGUCAUUCAACAAAAAGCGAGUAAGUGGCUGAGAAUUCUGAAGUUUGGCCCAUAAAAUUAAGUGUUUACGGACAAGUAUUCAGGCAACUACUGUAGGUCCUUCUUGGCCCCAAUGGCAUACAUGACACUCUUCAAGAACAAAUAGUACAUUUAUUAUUCAUUUUCUUCAUCUUCAAAUCCACGAUAAUGGCCAUUUUGACUCGGAAAUUGUUUCCUGAUUUUAUUGUAGGCACAACAGGGCAAGGGGUAUCGCCUGGAGCUACCAAUAUAACUCCACAGCAGUCUUGUAAAUUGGCGAUAGGCCACAGACCUCAGGAAUCUAGUUAGAGAAAUGAGAUCACUGUUAAUUCAAGGAGGGAUUGGAUGGAGAUAAAUAAAUACUCCUUUUAAAAAUAAGCAGUUGGGGCAAUAAAGCCAUUUAGAAAAUAAAAAAUGUGAUUCUAUGAGAUCAGUCCACGGCGAUAAGCUUAGAUGUAUCAAUUAUUCAAUGCUAUGUACGGUUCGAUCGUUCCGAUACAAAGUCAACAAUACCCCAACUUACUCAUUAUCACUUUUGUUGCUUUGCCCACGAACAGUUGUGUACGACUUUCCAGCUCGCGUUUUUAGGCCCAGUGCAGCCACUUCUAAUACGUGGCGGUUUAAGCAGACGCUUUCAAACCCUGGAUGGAGGGUUAUGCAUAAGGUCCGGUCUCCAAUGGCUUCUUCCAUGACCUCUUCGCAGCCAUCGAUCUCUUUCCACAAAUGCACUCCUGCGCUUUUGUAACAAGGCUGACAGAGCAGUUCGAGCACGAACACCUGCAAAAUGAUGUGAAAAAUUCGUCAAACACAAGAAAAAUACGUCUGUAUAAAAUUAUUAAUUGUCUGACCUCUUCAAUAAAACUAUCGUAUAAAAUCAGGACUACAAUUAAUCACAUAGCAACGAAAUUGUAAACUUAAACAAAAGACACAGUCGCGUUCCUCACGCGCACGAUUUAACGACGAGUAUGUUGAAAUUGGAAAAUAAAAAUAUAAAUCUACAUUCCAUGAUAAUACCAUACCAUUCAUUCGCUGGCACCUCUCCCACAUAUCUUCGCUGAAACUGUUGUUCCUCUUCUUCUUCGCGAUGAACUCUUUCGUUGUAGUAGGUUGUAGUCCGCGGCUUCUUCCUCGGUAGCAAGGGGUUCGCAACUGUCGUCGUACGGCGCAAAUUCAGACAAUUCCCCCAUCAAUUCUGUAAAACUGUAAAACUUUCUAGAUCACUUUCAGAUGUGCAGGAAGAGGAAUCCGACGGAGAUGACAUCUUAAACGUCUUGUUAAAAGGCUCUAAACUCACAAACUUUUCCCAAAUGCGAAUCUUUUGGUUGAUGUUUCUACGUCACAGUGCAUAAAUCACGUGGUCAAACGCACGACCGCUUUGCGGAGAUCUCGCGGGCUAUUGCUUUGCGAACUUUGUAAUGGCGGACGGUAUUUACGCACUUUUCAGUGGGAAAUUUCCAGCCCCCGUCCGCAAGUAUCGUUCCAAUUUUUCGCUAUUUGUAUAAUUUUGAACAUAUACAAAAGAUUUAUGUUAAAAAAACUCGGAAACAAAAACAAAAAUUUUCGUCGUAGUAGCACUUUAAAUUAUAAUUUUAACAAAAAACGGAAAUCCAAGAUUUUGCGGACAACCAUUUCAAAUUUUAAAUUUUAUUGCUUCCUAUUGCUUUUUCUCGCUGUACAAGUGUUUCCUUGUUACUAGUUCAUAAGAAAGGAUAACAAAGAGAUAACUUUACCAAUAUUAUUGAUAUUUUACGUAUCUAAGUAGAAAAAUAAUAAGAAACAUUGAAAAAUCGGAAUAUGACGUCACUGUGACGUCAUCAUUGGGCGUGGCAAGUCAAAACUGGGUGUGGGGCGUCUUUGUACGGAGAUGAUGAUUGUGUGUAAAUUUCAUGACCCUAGCAUUAUUGGUUCCAGAGAUACAGAGGGGGGGGGGGGUCCGAGGAGCCCCCCCCCAAGUCACAGAUUGACCAAAAAAGCCCAGUCUGAAUAGGGUUAAACAAUAAACUUGUAUUCGAAUUCCACAAUUCAGUUAACUUUAGAGCACAUUUAUGUGACUUUUGAGGGAAAGGCUACCUGAUUUUAGAGAAAAAUAAUUUGCAAACAGCCCAAGAGUGAACCAAGUCUUACAUCGAGUUGAUAGCCUCAUAUGUACACUCAAAAACUGGUAAUCGUCUUCGAUCACAUUUAAGAGCCAUAAUGGCUCUUGAUCACCGUAGAUUAAUUUAAUAGUGGGAAAAAAAAUUAGGCCAACUUUUUUGCGUUCGGCAAGUUUGCUUUGCAAAAUCUUGUCAACAAAUCUGGGUGCGUGUAAACCAACCUUUUAUACCAUUUAUACAUCACAUCUGAGGUGAAACAGUAGUAUGAGGCAAUGUUUUUAUCAUACCGGCAGACCUCGGACAGAAAGCAGUAUUUCACAAUACAAAUUGCUCUCAUUCAAUAUUCAUAAACUAUAAAAAAAAUUUCCAAAAUCACCUAUACGGCCAUCCGGUUCUCACUUUUGUAGUGCGAGCUGUGGCGAGUGUUUGAAUGAACAUUAACAGAGUUACGCUCCAACAUUAUAAAGAAUUUAUUCUGUUUAUUUUUUAUUUAAUGGUUUAUUAACGCGCGGUAUUUUGAGUACUCCUGCAAGCGAUCAUCACUGAACGACUGAUGGGUCUGAUGGGUCGAUGGGUCGACACCUGAGCCCGCGAUACGGCCAGGUGAUACUGGUCAGCGGGUACCCUGUUUUGACAGCUGUCAAUUGAUCAAAUUGAUGUCCAAUAUGUGUGCAUUAUCAGUUUAACUAGUAAAAGUAUGAGAUCGAACAUUGUUCGCGAUCUGGUAAAACAAUUAACUGGUCAGCGGACAGCUUCCAAAUAAAAUCACGUCACCUCGAUGAGUUGACGCAUGAGCCCGCGAUAUGGUCAUGGGAUACUGGUCAGUGGCUAUCCUGUUUUGACAGCUGUGAAUUGACCAUAUUGUGAAUGUCCUAAAAUCCUAUAUUAAAGAUGUGGACUUGCCAAGACACGCCUGAGACAACACUCCCUUCCUUUUGAUAGUCUCCCCUACCCCACCCGUACAAUCUGUAGACGCGUAAGUACGUGCGUACGUACGUACGUACGCUCGGUCAAUCACGUGACAACCAAACGAAAAGAGGUUGACCAUAUUCCAUGAGUAUAGGGCUCUGUCCCACGCGCGCUUCGCGCGCACGGGAGCCCCGCUAUAAACUAUAAAUUUAUUAAUUGGAGCUUCGCUUUUAUCCCUGGCGAAAUCUAUAUAUUUUAACCAAAUUAACAUUAACAGUGGCGCUUCGUCAAGAAACAAUUUCUUUGGUACACAUUAUGGACUAUUUUAGUUUUCUUUUUCUGUAGCAAAUGCACCGGAUUCAGACAGAAAGGAUCUUCUUUCAGAACUUGAGUUGAUGAAAAAACUGAAACCUCAUCCCCACGUGAUCAAGCUAAUGGCAUGCGUAACUGAGAGUGGUAAGAGAAUAAGAAUUCAUUAACGAGUACUGUUACAUCGUAUCUCUUCUUGCAUAAUGUAGUUGGGAAGAGAAGAAAAAAAAGGUGGAAAGUGUUUGUGAACGUUGCUUUAUGGAGACAUUCUGGUUGGACUUUAUGAUCGCAUAUGUUUCUUUUCUGCUUAUUACCAGUAUUAGCGGGGCUCUCUCACUCGCACCGGAACACCGUGGGUAAGAAAAUUUCGUAGUGACUGUAGUUACUUGACCUAGCCUGUCCAUCAAUCUGAACCACAGACUUACCGAUGUAAAAUAACUCAAUCGACAGGUAUGACAACCGAAAUGCAACUCGAGGUUUUUUGGCGGGAAAUCGUAUGGCCACUCGCGUCUUGUGGAGCACAGACAAUUAAACAGUCACUAGUAAUGACAAAACGGAAAGGAGAAAUUGUUUCUGUUUCCGUGUUGUCUAAAGUGUUAAGCUUAGAUUGUCAUGUCCAGAAAUUUGGAAUAUUUGGAAUAUACCGAUGGAAGGUAGCAACGGGGCACAAUGAGGCUUCCCUGUAACGCUUAAUGCCAAACUGAUUCGACGUACCAUCGCGAAGAGAUUUCCUUAGGAUGUGAUUGAUCUCUUGCAAGGACAAAAAGCUGAGUAGGGUUGGAAAUUCGUCCAAACGGACGCUUCAAGGUAUAGAUUGCGGCCAGGUCUUAAAUAAAGAAUGGUUUGACUUAAGGUGGCUCCCUAGAGUAAAUUGGCCGUGCGCAGCCUGAGCACUAGUAUGGCGCGAGCCUUAAAAUCCGCGCGACGUCCACGCAAAAAUUAAAACAAACAUGGCCUCUCAGUUUCGAAAUAUUCCCCCAAAAAACUUUAUUAACUUUCUAUUGAAACUCAUUGUGCAAAAAGUUUGAUUAGUGUAGGUCAAACAUUUAUAAGAGGAGACAAUAUUACACCGGUUACAAGUCACUAUCGAUCUCCAAAAGAGUAAAUUGUAUGAAAAACAAAUUAAAAGCAGAAAUUUUCAAAGACAUCAAUUCUUUCACUUCAAAGUAGACAAACGUUAAAUAGUCGAAGUAAAUGGACAAUGUUUUUGCACAACGAGAAAUAAUUUUUACUCACAGAUUGAUCCUUGACGAGAGCAACAGUUGUCCGCCGAGACCUACGGUCUUGUACAUGUAGCUGAGGACAUGAUGUACAAUUUAGAGAUAUCGGCACCAUCUUUUAUAAUUUACAGCAGACUUUUAAAGAAAAACUUCGCCGUCGAAAUUAUCCCUAAAGAAGAACAAGGUUGAAAAAGUAUCCGGAAGUGGGCUGACAUUUGAAGAUCUGCAAACAGUGUACAGCAGAUUAGGAAAUGAAGGGCUUAUUGCGAUCCUUGCACAACCACCGUCUUCAUCUCCGACGAUCGCCAUCCUCACGAGUGACCACCACGGUUCGAAUUUUAGCUACAAUAGUCAAGUACUUCGAAGAAAACUUCCUGUGUUAGGUACAAAAUUGAAUCCGCUAUCUCUCCUGGCGAAAAAUCACCGUAAUAAUACUAAUAAACGGCUUCAAAACAAUGGCUUUCGUACUCUUCAAAGAAACCACGUGUUUUCAGUAGCUUUGUGCAUUAUGCGCAUGCGGGCAUGAUGGCUCGCGCGCGUAUUUUGCUCAUACGACCCCGAACCACGCGUGUUUUUCGGAUUUUUGUGACGUCAACGCAGUUAAUUAACCGUGAAUUUCUCGCGUUUCCUUCGGUAAAUUUUUUUAAAAAUCGCCUCAUUUCUUGAUAGUUGCAGUACCUUUGUACUGACCUAUUUUUGUUAAAAUCUGUAAGAGCUAAAUUCCUCCAUUAAGAAAAAUUACAAAUUUCAAAAUAUUGGCAAAACCGUCUUAACGACCCCAUGUUUUUUCCACUUUAAAAUGUUAAGCAAUAUCGUUAAUAUAAAGUGGCAAAGUUUAAAGACAUUUUACCGAGGGAAAUAAGAAAUAUUAAGAAAAAAUGAUCAAAAAUGGCAAAAUUACUGUCUGGCUAAGGAUGCGAUGUUGCCAUGUCAACGGCCUUAAUCCAGAAAAUGAAACUUGGUAAAGGAACCGUCUUAUAUGGGUAACUUUAGCUGUGAAUCUCGUGAACAAAAUCGCAAAGACAAAGUGACUGGGCUUCGUUCUGUAACGUACGUUAGACAGCUAGGGUUAUUAGUAAAUACUCUAGGGAGCCACCUUAAAUGGGAACAGUUCUAGCUAGUAGCUGUUCUUCCUUAACCACUAUAAAAUAGGAUUUAACCUUUAAAGAAGCUGCUGGAUUCCCGCAGAGUCUCCUAAUGUUUAGCCUGCUUGAGAAAAAAUAGCGCGUAAUUUUACUACCAAAGAAUCCAACGUACUAUAAGCCAAACGCCUAUGGUGUAAUGGUUAUAACCGCAACGCUAACAAAAUUGAAGAUCGUGGUCAUUUGGAUGUUUGCACGAUGGGCAAGCCACUGAAGCCACGAACAACCUAGGAACCAAGAGCACAAGCUGGGAACGAUAGAAAAACAUAACGACAUUCAAUUAAUAUACUCCGCCUAGGCAAAAAGCCCACAGAUUCCAAGGCAAUGGCCCAGGUUUGAGACCUUGCUUUGAAGGAAAUAAAAUUGCGUGCAUCGAAAGUUGCUCAGCCAAUAAAACCUUCCGUUGGGCCAUAGAGUUAAUUAAUGGCCACCAAGCAGGGAGAGGAGGUUGUUUAGAACCCACCACUAUUACGAUCGCUCCUUCGGACGUAAGGUAACGCAGCAAUGGAGAAACAAUGCGAAAGGGUGGGAAUACGCAUUAUGCAUUAACUCUAACACUAUCAGAGAGUGAGAGAUCUUGAUUGAAAACGUACGUUCACUCCCGAAGUGUUUGGAGUAAGGCGUGGUGUAAAAUGACGCAAGGUAUUUCCGGAAUUAUCGCUCUAAGUGUUGGAAUCUAAUUACGUAAGAUCCAAAUUAUGAAACCCACAUUGCCAAACUCAGAUUGAACCAAAUCCCAACAGGAAGACGAAAACAUGGCACCGGACUUAGCAAGAUUACGUGAGCACAAAUCCACCGUAUUCAACCUUGACGGAACAUAGGACAUGGUUAGAGCGAGGUUCCUCGGCGUAACAAAAUCUAAUAUACGUUUUGCAACUAGUGUAAACUCCCGAGAGCGCGUAUCCUGGCCAUUCCAAGCGUGAAUCGUAACUUGACCAUCAACAUGAACGUCCACCCUACAAUGUUGACCUUCCAAUGCGAGAGAUUCAAACGCUAUGGCUACCGCAUACAUUUCUUUGAAUUUGAU